CCUUGCUAGGAAUAAGCAAAUAAUUGUCAGAUUUUGAAAUUGCUAUGAAAUCAUAUACGUCACCGAAGUCUUUCUUUUCUGUGAGCGGCGCCAUAUUAGGCGUGUUGAAUUAUACGGAGUUUAGUUAGAAAUCACAAAACAUCAAAAAUGGUAAACUUUACUGUGGACGAAAUUCGUUCCUUAAUGGACAAGAAACGUAAUAUCCGUAAUAUGUCUGUUAUUGCUCACGUGGAUCAUGGCAAAUCUACUUUGACUGAUUCCCUUGUAUCAAAAGCUGGGAUUAUAGCUGGCGCUAAAGCUGGAGAGACUAGAUUCACUGACACGCGAAAAGAUGAACAGGAGAGAUGUAUCACUAUUAAAUCUACUGCUAUUUCUAUGUACUUCGAAUUGGAUGACAAAGAUUUGGCUUUUAUAACUAAUCCUGAUCAAAGAGAUAAGGAUUGUAAAGGUUUUCUAAUCAAUUUGAUUGAUAGUCCUGGGCACGUUGAUUUUUCGUCGGAAGUAACAGCUGCUCUCCGUGUUACAGAUGGUGCCUUAGUUGUGGUUGAUUGUGUUUCGGGGGUCUGUGUGCAGACUGAGACAGUACUACGGCAAGCUAUUGCGGAGAGAAUCAAACCCAUAUUAUUUAUGAACAAGAUGGAUCGGGCAUUACUAGAACUGCAAUUAGAUUCGGAAGAAUUGUAUCAAACUUUUCAACGAAUUGUCGAGAAUGUUAAUGUUAUUAUUGCUACCUAUAAUGAUGAUAGCGGUCCUAUGGGGGAAGUACGUGUCGAUCCGUCAAAGGGAAGUGUUGGAUUUGGUUCAGGUUUACAUGGAUGGGCUUUCACGCUUAAGCAAUUUUCUGAAAUGUAUUCUGAAAAGUUCAAAAUAGAUGUUGUAAAAUUAAUGAAUCGCUUGUGGGGUGAAAAUUUCUUUAACGGGAAAACGAAGAAAUGGUCGAAGCAAAAAGACGCAGAUAAUAAAAGAUCAUUCUGUAUGUACAUAUUAGAUCCGAUUUACAAAGUUUUCGAUGCUAUUAUGAAUUACAAGAAAGAAGAAAUACCACAACUUUUGGAUAAACUAGGGAUUCAAUUAAAACAUGAAGAUAAAGACAAAGAUGGCAAACAGCUUCUUAAGGUUGUAAUGCGAACUUGGCUUCCAGCAGGAGAAGCUUUGCUUCAAAUGAUUGCCAUUCACUUGCCAUCUCCAGUUGUGGCACAGAAAUAUAGAAUGGAAAUGUUAUAUGAAGGUCCUCAUGAUGAUGAAGCAGCAGUAGCUGUUAAAAACUGUGAUCCAGAGGGUCCGCUGAUGAUGUAUAUUUCAAAAAUGGUGCCAACUUCUGAUAAAGGAAGAUUUUAUGCAUUUGGCCGUGUUUUCUCUGGAAAAGUUGCAACCGGUCAAAAAUGUAGAAUCAUGGGCCCUAAUUAUAUUCCUGGAAAAAAAGAAGAUUUGUAUGAAAAAGCUAUUCAACGCACAAUAUUAAUGAUGGGUCGUUAUGUUGAAGCUAUUGAAGAUGUUCCUUCGGGUAACAUUUGUGGUUUAGUGGGUGUGGAUCAAUUUUUAGUAAAAACUGGAACUAUUUCUACCUUCAAAGAUGCUCAUAAUAUGAAGGUUAUGAAAUUUUCGGUUUCACCUGUAGUUCGUGUUGCUGUAGAGCCCAAAAAUCCGGCCGAUCUACCUAAACUUGUUGAGGGUCUUAAGCGAUUGGCUAAAUCAGAUCCUAUGGUGCAAUGUAUAAUAGAAGAAUCCGGUGAGCAUAUCAUUGCUGGAGCCGGUGAAUUACAUCUGGAAAUUUGUUUAAAAGAUCUUGAAGAAGAUCACGCCUGCAUUCCAUUAAAAAAAUCGGAUCCAGUUGUUUCUUAUAGAGAAACAGUAGUCGACGAAUCAAAUCAAAUGUGUUUGUCAAAAUCACCGAAUAAACACAAUCGACUUUUUAUGAAAGCAUGCCCAAUGCCUGAUGGUUUACCGGAAGAUAUUGAUAAAGGCGAUGUUAGCUCUAAAGAUGAUUUUAAAGUAAGAGCUCGCUAUUUAGCUGAAAAGUAUGACUACGAUGUUACAGAAGCAAGAAAAAUUUGGUGUUUUGGGCCCGAUGGGACUGGUCCGAACUUUGUUAUAGAUUGUACGAAAGGGGUACAAUAUUUAAAUGAAAUAAAAGAUUCAGUAGUGGCCGGCUUCCAAUGGGCUACAAAGGAAGGUGUGCUAGCUGAGGAAAAUAUGCGUGGUGUAAGAUUCAACAUAUUUGAUGUCACUUUACAUGCCGAUGCAAUUCAUCGUGGUGGCGGUCAAAUAAUUCCAACAGCUCGUCGUGUAUUAUAUGCUUCAGUUAUUACAGCUAGCCCUCGUUUAAUGGAGCCUGUAUAUCUAUGUGAAAUUCAAUGUCCAGAAGUAGCAGUCGGUGGUAUAUAUGGCGUUUUAAACAGACGCAGAGGACAUGUUUUCGAAGAAAGUCAAGUUGCUGGCACUCCUAUGUUUGUCGUAAAAGCCUAUUUGCCAGUAAAUGAAUCAUUCGGUUUCACUGCUGAUUUACGUUCAAAUACUGGGGGUCAAGCUUUUCCUCAAUGUGUGUUUGAUCAUUGGCAAGUUCUACCUGGAGAUCCAAUGGACGGUAGCAGCAAACCUUAUCAAAUUGUACAAGAUACACGAAAACGUAAAGGUUUGAAAGAAGGACUACCAGAUUUAACACAAUAUCUAGAUAAAUUAUAAGCGUUAAUGCAACUGCAUUCUUGACAAAAACGCUGCUGAUUAUAUAAUCAAAUUGUCGUUUAAAAAAACAAAUUUCAUUGGAAACUAAAAAAUAAAACUUGUUCUUGGAAAA